AUUGCGCAUCCUAAUAUUUGCGAGAGCAUGAUUCUGUUACGAGCAUAUGCUUGUAGGUGCAUGGAAUAAUCCGCGGAUGAGUAUAUUCAGUUGAAUCAGACACUGGUAAAAGGAGGAAAUCGUUUGGAUUAACGAAGGACGGUGGAGCUAAAUAACACAACGAAAUUACCCACCUGCCUUCCUCCAGCUCAUCAAUCUUUCUCUCUUUAAUCUUUAUGUGUAAAUUAAUCAACCACCCCAUAUCUAUAGAUCUCCAUUAUCCUCACUCUUCACUCACUCUAACAUCGUACUCCAACUCAUUCUCACCGCUUCAGAUCUUCAUUACUUCAAAGAUCUCUUCUUUUCAUGCUGAUUGAACUCCCUUUUUUGCGAAUUUUUGUGGGAAUUGUUUGAAUUUAACAAUGGGAGGAAGCUCAGAUGAGAAAGUUGUAGCUGUGAUCAUGGUGGGUGGACCCACUAAAGGCACUCGAUUCAGGCCACUGUCUCUGAAUAUACCAAAACCUCUUUUUCCUUUAGCUGGACAACCUAUGGUUCAUCAUCCAAUUUCAGCUUGUAAAAGGAUUCCAAACCUAGCACAAAUCUACUUGGUUGGUUUCUAUGAGGAGCGGGAAUUUGCAUUAUAUGUAUCUUCAAUUUCUAAUGAGCUGAAGGUUCCUGUCAGAUAUUUAAAGGAAGACAAGCCUCAUGGUUCUGCUGGAUGCCUGUACAAUUUCAGGGAUAUAAUCAUGGAAGACAGUCCGUCGCAAAUAUUCUUGCUGAAUUGUGAUGUUUGCUGUAGUUUUCCUUUGCCAGAAAUGCUCGAAGCUCACAGAAAGAAUGGAGGAAUGGGAACUUUAUUAGUGAGCAAGGUUUCUGCAGAGUCUGCCAGCCAGUUUGGUGAAUUGGUUGCUGAUCCUGUUACCAAUGAGGUUUUGCAUUACACCGAGAGGCCAGAAACUUUUGUUAGUGAUAGAAUAAAUUGCGGGGUCUAUGUUUUUACACCGGAAAUAUUUGCAGCCAUCCAAAGUGUUUCAAGAAACCGGAAAGAUUCAGCUAAUUUGAGACGAGUAUCCAGCUUUGAAGCACUUCAGUCUGCGACAAAGAGUCUGCCCUCAGGUUUUGUGAGAUUAGACCAAGAUAUUUUAACACCACUCGCUGGGAAGAAACAAUUGUAUACAUAUGAGACCAUGGACUUCUGGGAGCAAAUCAAGACACCUGGAAUGUCGCUGAAAUGUUCUGGUCUCUAUCUUCACCAAUUUCGAGUUACCUCACCACAUCUUUUAUCGAGUGGUGAUGGCACAAAGAGUGCAACCAUAAUUGGUGAUGUAUACAUUCAUCCCUCAGCUAAAACGCAUCCCACAGCAAAGAUUGGUCCAAAUGUUUCAAUCUCCGCAAAUGCUCGUGUUGGAGCUGGUGCAAGGCUUAUCAACUGUAUUAUUCUAGAUGAUGUUGAAAUCAAGGAAAAUGCAGUUGUUAUCCAUUCGAUUGUUGGAUGGAAGUCAUCAAUUGGGAAAUGGUCCCGAGUCCAGGGGGAAGGAGAGUACAAUGCGAAACUUGGAAUAACAAUUCUUGGGGAAUCUGUAACUGUAGAAGAUGAAGUGGUGGUAAUCAAGAGCAUUGUGCUUCCGAACAAGACUCUUAAUGUUAGUGUUCAGGAGGAGAUCAUAUUGUAGCCAAAAUACCAAUACCUUGCUUCUUUUUGUCAACUUAUUAAUAUUGUCUCUCCAUUCUGCCAAUUUUACUGAUAUUUGAUAGUCACUUUCUAUAAUUUUAUUCUGUUUAGUGCAUAGUUGUAUAUGAAUUAUACCAAGUAUGUUCUUCCAAAGAGAAUAAUUCUGAAUAAAUAAGAUAUACCAUUUGUUUCA